GCUUUUCUAAAGAUUUUUCACGAUAGUGAUUACUCUUAUUUGAACAAUAAUGACAAUUGCCGAAGCAUCCGAUGAUAUUCGAAUGUCUCAUAGAUCAAAGCAUCGUAUACAUAAUUCAUCCGGGUCAUCUCACAAGGGCAUAAACCGCUCCGUUUCAUGUGACACGCCGUUGAAAGGAUCUCUUUCUACUCCUCGUGGGUCCAUGAAGGUUGACCUAAGCAAACUCGAGAUGGGUUCACUGUGGAGAUAUUGUCGACACUUUAAACUUGUAAGCAAUGCUAUACCUAAUCCCACGAGGGAGCAACUAAUUGAUGUUGUCCAGAGGCAUUUCUCAUCCCUGCAAUUGGACGAGUUGGAGGUAAUUGGGGGAUUUGUUCAAGCUGCCAAGAGACUCAAGACAGACUACAAACCACUUAAGGGAACGAACCCAUUUUGUAAUGCUCCUAACGCUAACAAAUAG